AUGAACAUAAAGCAGUUCAGACACACAGCUUCUUCCCCAGCGCGGCCACCUGGCAUCUGUUGCUGUCGCGCGCAUCUUGCCAACCGUGCCGAGAAUCACGAGUGGACGUCGAACAAGAAGUCGAGAGCCGAUUUUCCGUCCCUAGACGGUCCGCUGCACAACCCUACUGCAACCGUCCGAUUUCCUCCGUUUCCGCAACACCACGAUCGACAACACCAGCAAGCUCGUCGCCAUGCAGCAGGCCCGAUCGCUCGUCUUCGGGCUUCGACCGCCAACUUGCCGUGCCAGCAGCGUGCUCUCCUUCACCCAGCCCGCCCGGCCUUGGAUGUCCCAGCCGGCGUCUGCCCUGCACAGCUGUAGUAGGCAUCACAGCGGCGGCUGCGGCACGUCGUCAUCAAGGCAGGCACCAAGGGCAGCAGAUCCUGUCUCGCGCAACGGCGCCAUGAUGAGCAGCACGGAUAGCAGCAGCAGCAGCAGCAGCAGCAGCAGAAGCAGAAGCAAGAGACUGCGGUGGGGAAUGGCACUGGAAUGUCCGGGUGCUUUCUCGGCAGUGCCGAGGAGAGGUCGGCCUGCUGCUGCUGCUGCUGUGCCCCGCCGGCUGCUUGGGCAUCAUGAAGCACGUAUGUUCCUGAUGGCUCCCUCCCGGAGAUCCAUGUCCACUGAAGCGGGCGGCGGCGGCGGGGUGGUAGAGGAAAGCGCUCACGGCGAGAGCGAGGUCGAAGACGACGAGGGCGGAGACGGGCUUCUUGCCGCGCUGGCGGACGAGCUAGUCUGGGAAGGGGAUGACGACGAAGGGGAGGGAGAUGAUGGGGAGGAGGACGAAGCUGGGAUGGAGGGAUUGGAUCUCGAGAGCUUGGGGAUAUCCAUCAUGGGUUCGUUUACGCAAGAGCCGAGAUCGGUGCCUCAGAUCUUCCCCGCGAUGCGAUAG